AGCAGACUGGCGAGCGUAAACAUUCAGCACGUGUUCAGAGCGCGCAAUAAUCAAUAGAGUGAAACAUGAACGCGACUGGACCUUGUUCCCUCAGUUAGUCAUUAGGUUCUUAUCACGUGUUCAUAGGCACCAGUCUGUUCUGCUACAGAGUUUUAAAUGCCGGCGUUGAAGUUUAGUGCUAAUAUUUCAUGGCUCUUCACGGAAUUCCCAGAGUUCGCGCAACGGCUGCGCGCCGCCGCCUCGGCGGGAUUUCAAGCUGUCGAGGCGGCGUGGCUCUACGACUCGGACCUCACGGAGCUCAAGAGAGUUAAAGACGAAACGGGGCUCGAGAUUGCGCUCAUAAACACACCCCCGGGAGAUUUAAAGAAUGGAGAUUUGGGGUUGGGUGCUGUUCCCGGGAGAGAGCAGGAAUUCAGACGAGGUUUGGAUCUGGCUGUACGGUACGCCAAAGCCCUGGACUGCAGAAGGAUCCACUUGAUGGCGGGGAGAGUGCCUGCGGGGGCGGAUUGCACCGCUGUUGCCAUGGAGAUGGAGGACACUUUCGUUGCGAACCUGAAACAUGCGGCAGGUGUCCUCUCAAAGGAAAGAAUAAUUGGCUUGAUUGAACCAAUUAACACCCGCAUAACAGAUGCAAGAUAUUUCCUGAACUCCCCUCAUCAAGCCGCUGUGAUUUUACAGAGAGUCGGUCAAUCCAACAUCAAACUGCAAAUGGACAUCUACCAUUGGCAGAUCAUGGAUGGCAACUUAACACAAAACAUACGGAAAUAUUUACCAUUGACAGGUCACAUCCAGAUUGCUCAAGUCCCUGACCGUCACGAACCUGACAGUGAUGGAGAGGUGAAUUUCUCUUACCUCUUUAAACUUCUGGAGGAACUGGGCUAUCGGGAUUAUAUCGGCUGUGAAUAUAAACCACAGCGCUCUACAGAAGCAGGUCUGGACUGGGUGAAAAGAUACUGGAACAGCCACAAGGACUAAUAUCACUUUGAAGGUCUUGUGAUGUUUCACGCUAAGCAUUUGUGUUUUUCAAUUGACACCUUGUAUAAAAAAUAAAAUCUCGAACAUAAAAGUGAAAAGCAAAUUCCCACAGUUACAUCGAUGUCAUUUGUGUAUGAUGUUCUGUAACGUCGUAACAUUCAUUUUAACUUUAAAGAAAAUCACUUAAACGUUUUAAUUUAAGAUUUAUUGUUGAGCAGUUCUCUUACAAAUCUGUCUCUAUAUACAUAAUGUACAUAAUUCAACAGCUUUAGAAAUUUGAAAUGAAAUGAAAGAUUCUCACAUCAUUGAGAAUGAGUCCAGUGUGCUUACAGAAAACAAUAAAACACAUUUUCAUUCA